GCGCCACCGCCCGCAUUCGCAUUUUCUCAACACAACACGCUAAAAAGCUUCUCACAGGCAUAUCGUCGAACACCUUGGAUAACUCUCUAACAAUGGCUCUUGCAUCCGGCAGUGCCACCUCUCUUCUCCCCAACAAAACCCUUGCUCCCCCUACCCACCAACAACCCGUUUCACCUUUCUACAAGCAUGGGGUUUCCCUCAAACCCCCAGCCAGAUCCGUCCGCCCCAUCUCCGCCGUCCAUUCUGCCGACCCUUCCAAGUCGUCUUCCAAGCAAACCCCGCCUGCCUCCACUUCUGCCUCCGCGGCGGCGGCUCCGACUGUGUCGAAGUCGGGAGGUGGUGAGGGUAAGUGGGCCGUGGAAAGCUGGAAAUCCAAGAAGGCGCUUCAGCUCCCCGAGUACCCUGAUCAGGCUGAGCUUGAAUCGGUGCUCAAGACUAUUGAGUCUUUCCCGCCGAUCGUGUUUGCUGGAGAGGCACGCAGCUUGGAGGAGAAGCUCGGAGAGGCCGCAAUGGGUAGGGCGUUCUUGCUCCAAGGUGGAGAUUGUGCCGAGAGUUUCAAGGAGUUCAAUGCUAACAACAUAAGGGACACUUUCAGAAUCCUCCUUCAGAUGGGAGCUGUUCUCAUGUUCGGUGGUCAAAUGCCCGUUAUCAAGGUAGGAAGAAUGGCUGGGCAAUUCGCUAAGCCAAGAUCAGAGUCCUUUGAGGAAAAGGAUGGUGUAAAGUUGCCAAGUUACAGGGGAGACAACGUGAAUGGAGAUGCAUUUGAUGAGAAGUCGAGGAUUCCUGACCCCCAGAGGUUGAUCAGGGCCUAUUGCCAAUCUGCAGCUACAUUGAAUCUCUUGAGGGCUUUUGCUACUGGAGGUUAUGCCUCUAUGCAGAGGGUAACUCAAUGGAACUUGGAUUUCACCGAGCAUAGUGAGCAGGGGGAUAGGUAUCGUGAACUAGCUCAUAGAGUUGAUGAGGCCCUUGGUUUCAUGAAUGCUGCUGGUCUUACAAUGGAUCAUCCUAUCAUGAAAACCACUGAUUUUUGGACAUCCCAUGAGUGCUUGCACUUGCCAUAUGAGCAGUCACUCACCAGGCUGGAUUCAACGUCUGGCCUGUACUAUGACUGCUCUGCUCAUUUUCUUUGGGCUGGAGAGCGAACCCGGCAAUUGGAUGGCGCUCAUGUCGAGUUCUUGAGAGGAGUUGCUAACCCUCUGGGAAUUAAGGUGAGUGACAAGAUGAAUCCAGGCGAUUUAGUCAAGCUCAUUGAAAUUUUGAAUCCCCAGAACAAGCCAGGGCGGAUCACAAUAAUUACAAGGAUGGGAGCGGAGAACAUGAGGGUCAAGCUUCCUCAUUUGAUUAGGGCAAUCCGAAGGGCAGGGCAAAUCGUUACUUGGGUAUCAGAUCCCAUGCAUGGAAAUACUAUUAAGGCUCCUUGCGGUCUAAAAACUCGACCUUUUGAUUCAAUCCGGGCCGAAGUGAGAGCUUUCUUUGAUGUGCACGAGCAAGAGGGGAGCCACCCUGGAGGUGUGCACUUAGAAAUGACGGGCCAAAACGUGACAGAGUGCAUUGGUGGAUCUCGAACUGUGACUUUCGAUGAUCUGAGCUCACGUUACCACACCCACUGUGAUCCUAGAUUGAACGCCUCCCAAUCCCUCGAGCUUGCAUUCAUUAUCGCGGAACGCUUGAGAAAGAGGAGAAUCGGAUCUCAAGCCACACUACCGCUGUGAGAGCAGUUUGAGGAAUGGAUUCUGACUUCCCCCCUCAUCGAUCUCUUGGUGUUUGCCUUUGUCGAUCCGUUUUGUUUUCAACUAUUUUUUAUCCUGUUUAGAACUAUGUUAUGUCCAGUGUCCUGCAAUGCAUACACUGGAAGAACAUGAUGGUAUGAUGUAUGAGAGUUUGGUGGCGAUGAAUAAAGUAGAAAAUUAGUUGUGCAAAUCUCUUAACUGUUGUAAGAAGAGUUUGGAAUAGGUGAUGUAGAUCCUAUUGCCCAUUUGUUAAUACAGAAAGUUUCAAGUGAA